GGUAUGCACCAAAAACGAUCCUCACUUUACUUUCUAUUUUGUGUGUAGCACUUUAUAGUUAUUUGAAUUUAUUAUGUUGCUUAAACAGAUGUUAUGGGCCAAGUGGUAGAUCUUGGAGAAGUAGCUAUCUGUCAAUUGAAAACUGGUGAAAACAGGAAGAGAGUAAACUUUCGUUUGCGUGAUACUAGGUAUUAUUUUUGUAUUUCUUUCCGCGCUAAUGGUUUUGACACUAUUCUGAUGUCUCCUACAAAUUUUCUGUGUUUUGCUGAUUACCAAAUAUAGUGGGAAUGAACUGGUAUGUUGCUUAUGGGGACCAUACGCUGAGCAAAUUGAAUCGCAUGUGGAAGAAUCAAAAGAUGAACCUAUUGUAUGCUUGAUCCGCUUUGCCAAAAUCAGUAAUUUUAGAGGUAUACACAUAAUUAUUUAAAUCGAGUUUACACUCAUUCUAUUUAUCUAACCAAUUUAUUAAUCGUUUCCAACCUUCUGAGAAAUAUAUAGGUGAAGUGCAAAUCACCAACGCUUUUGAUUCUUCAGUUUUGAUGCUUAACCCAAUCAUGGAGGAAGCUAUUGACUUUAGACAGAAGAUGUCGCAAACUGAUCUUCCCUUAGCUCUUUUGGGUAGCAGUGAUGAAAAUAAGGUUAUCAAGCAAGUAGUUGAUGACUGGAAUGAGGUUGACAUUAAGUGUAUUUCUGAGAUAUAUCUUGCUGUUGAGGCUGAGAGCUGCAAAAUCGUCUGUACAAUAGAAGCCAUAGACACGGAUUGGGGUUGGUUCUAUUUUGGAUGUAACAGGCACAAUCGACGUACGACCAGAGUUGGUAGGAAGGGCGGUGGUAAGAUGGUUGAAUCUGAGAAGCCAGUAUUCUAUUGUGAUGUGUGUCGUGCAAACACAACUGAUGUCUCACCCAAGUAAUCACCCAAGAUUAUUAUAUUAUUUUCUCAUUGUUUAUCAGCCGUGACUUACUUGAAAAUUACUAACAUUCAAUAUAAUGGUUUGACAUUUCCUAAACCUGCAGGUAUAAGCUUCAUCUGUUUGUGAAAGAUGACACAGGGUCAUGCCAGUUAAUGUUACUUGACACUGUAGCUAAAACUAUUAUUGGUGAAAAAGCUGACACACUUUGGGAUGGGUCAUAUGCUGAGGUAACAAAUGUUUAUUGGAGAUAUUUAUUUUAUUACUUUAAGUAUAAUUUUGAUAGUAAUUUUGAGAUUUACAGAUCGAAGACCCAAAUAUUCUGCCUAUUCCAAUCAAAAACUGUGUUGGAAAAUCCUUUUGUUUUGGUAUUUCCAUCGCAAAUGAUAAUGUAGCCAACGGUUCUGAUACCUUUAAGGUCUCUGAGGUCUGGUCUGGAGAUCACAUUCAUAGAAUAGAAUCACUUUCAAACCAGUAUCUCUG